AUGGAGACCUACGAGGAUCACCCUUGGUGCUCCUACCCAAGUGGAGAAGAGGAGAUGACAGAUGAAGAGAAGCACCACCACGACCGGCAGCUGGCCAAGAUCAGAGCCCGGAGUAACAGCCGUUCCCGACACCGAUCCUCCUUCCUAGUGGACGAGCUCGACAUGCUCAUGGACAAGGCGGCCACCACCAUCCAGGCUACGUGGCGAGGCCACCUCACCCGUAAGCAGAUCAUGACAGAGCAGGCCGCGGCCUCCACCAUCCAGGCUGCUUGGAGGCGAUACAUCGCUCGCGAGUACCGUGCUCUGCAGCGGCAGGAGGUGCCUUCGCCACAAGUCUACCGGCGCCGAAGAUCGUCCUCCGUCUCCUUUGAGGGGCGGAGAGAAUCCAGGGGGUACUCCAGGAUGGACAGGGAGAGAGCGGCCGUGAUCAUUCAGGCACACUAUCGGGGCUACAUGACUCGCCAGGCCCUCCACGAAUGCCAGCGGGCAGCCACCACCAUCCAAGCUCACUGGCGGGGAUACCGUACCCGACGGGACUUGACCCAAGCAGGAAGGCACGCUUACCAUCCUGGACACCCGCAGAGGACCUACUACAGUCCCCCAAGGUUUCCAAAGGGGACUUACUACGGCCAUCCCAGCUACAUGCCCGGGAGCUCCUCCUGGGUGGGCCCGUACCCCAGGAAACAUUGGCGCAAAUGCCUUGUGGGAGACCCCGAGGAGUGGGAAAGCAAGGUACCACGAUCCCCGUCCUCCAUGGUCCAGCGAGAGAAGACUGAGCCCUCCCAGCCCAAGACGUGUCCGCGCUGCGGGAGGUGCACUAGCAUCCGUGUGCUGGUGGGCGUGGGCAAAGGGCCGCCAUCGGAAUCGGAAACAGAGGACAGUGAAUGCGAAAGGCACGCAAGCGUCUCUCCGUCCAGAAGUGCCCAAAGGAUGUCCUACACCUCCAGGCAGGAGGGACCGACGUACAGCCAGUCACGCCGUUACGGGCCCCGCUUCUCCUAUCAGGCGCCUUCCAAAAGCUACCACGUGCCUGGGGAAGAGCAGAUGCGGAGGCAGAGCCGAGAACCCGGCGUAGUCGUCAGUCAGCGCCUGGCCUCCAGCACACAAACCUCCGUACGGCUGACACGGGAGCGCACCAACACCCGGAGUCUCUCCUCCACCAGCGUCCAACCCCAGCAGCUGCAACAGCAAGGCAUGCCUCCCCAGGGCACCUCCAACUGGUUGUACGAAAACUACGGGGCUCGCCGGAUGGGCGAAGGGCAGAGGCGCGUGUUCAAAACCAGGAAGCAGAUGUGGCAAGUGGUCCGCGCAGCCACCCUGAUCCAGGCCUUCUGGCGGGGCUGGAGGGUCCGACAAACGUUGCGUCUCCAAGAAGAAGCGGCAAUCAAGAUCCAGUCUGCUUAUCGGGGUUACCGAACCAGAGCUUACCUGAUGGAGGUGGGAAUAAUCAGCGAAGGAGAUACGGAUUAA